GCGCCGCGGGCUGGCCGUCCGUUUCGCUAGGGGGUGUGGUUCCGGGUCGACGGUCGCCUUCAAGGUUUCCCAGGGACGAGAAGGAAAAAAAAAAAUGAGUACUGUCGGGGAGAAACGAAUGGCCUGUAGAGUUUUGAGGAAGAGAGGAAUGAGCGAAAUUCACGCAGCUGGCCGCCAUUGGUCGCACCUGCUGUGAUGUCCAGUGGAGAGGCCAAAGGGAUUCUCGAGGCGGCCUCGAGGGGUGGUGGUGGGGCGAAUAACAUUAUUCCAGAUAGGGCACUUCUGGCUGAAAGUAUCCUUUCCCUUUUUUCAGCCUUUUUAUUUGUCUUCUAAUCGCCCUUCUAUAUUUAAAAAAAAAAAAAACAACCCUGCAAUGCCAAACAUUCUAUUUAGUUCAUUCUUCCACUGACUUAGGCGCUAAAGUACGAGGAUUUGUUCUCUGAGAUAAUACUUGUAACGAAUGAAACAGGUCACGUACGAAAAGUAACAGCCCACCGAGAAAGGCGGCUGAAAGCACAGACUUGCUGGACAUUUGCCGUGUUCUGGGUGCUGCGUUUUACGUGGAUUAUCUCGGAAAACAUUGAGGUGUAUUCGUCAUUAUGAGAAUGUCUGUUUUUAACUUGAGGACGCUGAGGCCUCGGAUCAUUUGUUCAAGGUCGCAGGAAGUAGCACGACCAAGAUGCUAGUACGUUUUCUCUGUACCUACUAGGAACUGACGGAUUUUGGUUGGAAUUGUUGGUGUCAGCUAUGAUAAUUGCUAAGAAAUUUUUGCUUCUCUUAUUCAUACGACAGAGGUGUAUUGUGCGCAAAUAUUUUGCACAUUUUUGCGACUUCUAUGGUAUUUUAUCAUUUUCCUGCAAACUAUGACAUUGUUGAUAAAAAUAUGAAUUGAGAAUACCAAAAGAUAAGUGAGGGACUAAAUUUAGAAAAAAAAAAGAUAAAGCUGGGAGAUGUUUUGCAAUUUUUUUUUUGACAGGCAGAGUUAGUGAGAGAGAGAGAGAGAAAGGUCUUCCUUCCACUGGUUCACCCCCUCAAAUGGUGGUUACUGCCAGUGCGCUGCGCUGAUCCGAAUCCAGGAGCCAGGUGCUUCCUCCUGGUCUCCCAUGUGGGUGCAGGGCUCAAGGACUUGGGCCAUCCUCCACUGAACUCCCGGGCCACAGCAGAGAGCUGGACUGGAAGAGGAGCAACCAGGACAGAACAGGUGCCCCAACCGGGACUAGAACCCGGAGUGCCGGCGCUGCAGGCAGAGGAUUAGCCUAGGGAGCAGCGGCGCCGGCCUUGCAAUUUUUCAUAGUCAUUUAGGCAUGUGCUAAUUUAUGUCUAGAAAUUGACACCUAAGACUGAGACUUAAAAGUCACCCGAGUUUAUUUUUUAUUUUAGUGCCCAUGAAACUGAUCUAAAAGAGAUUAUAUGUCUUGUCCAAAAUGAUGAAAGUCCUAAAUUUUGAGGUCAGACAGGUAUUAAAAUACCCUAAUUUGGAGGUUAAGUGUACAAACAUUAGCCCUGUGAUAUUAACACCGUGAUAUUCCAUAUCCAAAAUCUGUUGUUCAUAACAGAUCCUGUGACAUUAUUUCCUUCAUUUCUCGGAGGCAUACUGGUUAGUGGCAAAAUAACCUGCGGUAGGAGGAGUCUGUGUUUGAAACCAGACAAGGGCUAAAAUUGGGGUCUGCUGCAAUUCGUUAAUCGCUCCACUUCAGUCCCCUCAUCAGGAAAAUGCUGUCUUACAAUACUGUGCAGAAUGCUCGAAGCAGUAGAGAUUGUAACACGCUUGGCACAGACCAGGUGCCGACGACCUGGAAGCUGGUUUCCCACCAUGGGAGGCAAUCCAGAGAAAGGGAAACAGGGGAGGCUUUAGAGUUGCCCUGACUUGAAUUAGAACCUGGCUCCCGCAACACUAGGACUAACACUUCACCUUGCCCAGCUGGGGCUUCCUCCUCUCUGAGAUGGGAUGUAUAAUGCCACCUCUCAGUGUCAGAGGAUUGGAGCCAACGUGUAUGAAAGACUGCUUGUGCCUCUGCCUCACGGUUUGUUGUAUUAUAUAUUGACUGUCAUCAAAGAGAAGUACCAGAAUGGUAGAAGAGGGGAAAGGAUUUGGAUUUCAUAGUCCGAAAAUGCGGUUCCAAGUCUUUCCUGUGCUCUUGCUCCUGUGGUUUUCUGGACCAGUGGCCUAACCUGAAGCCUCAAGCUAUACAUCCACAGAAAUAUUUUGUGGCAGAGAGCCCGGCAGGCAUGAUGAGCAUCAAGGCCUUCACCCUGGUGUCUGCCGUGCAGCGCGAGCUGCUGAUGGGCGACAAGGAGCACAUCCACAUCGCGUGCGUCGAGUGCUGCGGCAAGAACCUAUACGUGGGCACCAACGACUGCCUCAUUUACCACUUCCUGCUGGAGGAGAGGGUGCUGCCCGCCGGGCCGGCCACGUUCACCGCCACCAAGCAGCUGCACAGACACCUGGGCUUCAAGAAGCCCGUGAACGAGCUGCGGGCAGCCUCGGCCCUCAACAGGCUGCUGGUGCUGUGUGACAGCUGCAUCACCCUGGUGCACAUGCUGAGCCUGGAGCCUGUGCCCUCGGGGGCCCGCAUCAAGGGGGCCGUGAGCUUCGCCCUGAACGAGAACCCCGUGAGCGGGGACCCGUUCUGCGUGGAAGUGUGCAUCAUCUCCGUGAAACGCCGAACCAUCCAGGUGUUCCUGGUGUACGAGGACCGGGUUCAGAUCGUCAAGGAGGUGUCGACCCCAGAGCAGCCCCUUGCCGUGGCUGUGGAUGGCCACUUCCUGUGCCUGGCCCUCACCACGCAGUACAUCAUCCUGAACUACAGCACGGGGGCCUCCCAGGACCUGUUUCCCUACUGCAGCGAGGAGAAGCGGCCCAUUGUCAAGAGGAUAGGGACACAGGAGUUCCUGCUGGCGGGCCCGGGAGGGCUGGGCAUGUUUGCCACUGUCGCUGGGAUAUCCCAGCGUGCACCGGUGCACUGGUCUGAGAAUGUGAUUGGGGCGGCCGUCUGCUUUCCCUACGUCAUAGCGCUGGAUGACGAGUUCAUCACGGUUCACAGCAUGUUGGAUCAGCAGCAAAAGCAAACCCUGCCCUUCAAGGAAGGCCACAUCCUCCAGGACUUCGAAGGAAGAGUGAUUGUUGCCACGAGUAAAGGAGUGUACAUCUUGGUUCCAUUACCUCUGGAGAAACAAAUACAGGAUCUUCUCUCAAGCCGCAGAGUGGAAGAAGCUUUGGUGUUAGCCAAAGGAGCCCGGAGGAACAUUCCAAAGGAAAAAUUUCAGGUCAUGUACAGGAGGAUUCUGCAGCAGGCGGGCUUCAUACAGUUUGCACAACUUCAGUUCCUGGAAGCGAAAGAGCUCUUCAGAAGCGGCCAGCUUGACGUCCGGGAGCUGAUCUCUCUCUACCCCUUCCUGUUGCCCACCUCCUCUUCAUUCACCCGGUCUCACCCUCCUCUGCACGACUACGCAGACCUCAACCAGCUGACGCAAGGGGACCAGGAGAAGAUGGCCCAGUGCAAGCACUUCCUCAUGAGCUACCUCAACGAAGUGCGCAGCACCGAGGUUGCCAACGGCUACAAGGAAGACAUCGACACGGCCUUGCUCAAGCUGUACGCAGAGGCCGACCAGGACAGCCUGCUGGACCUGCUGGUGACCGAGAACUUCUGUCUGCUGACCGACAGCGCCGCCUGGCUGCAGAAGCACAAAAAGUAUUUUGCACUUGGAUUGCUGUAUCACUAUAACAACCAAGAUGCUGCUGCCGUUCAGCUGUGGGUGAGCAUCGUGAACGGGGACGUGCAGGACUCCACGCGCGCUGACCUGUACGAAUACAUCGUUGACUUCCUCACCUACUGCUUAGACCAACAGCUGGUGUGGGCCUACGCGGACUGGCUUCUACAGAAGAGCCAGGAGGUUGGAGUUCAGGUUUUCACCAAGAGACCUCUGGACGGACAGCAGGACAGUUUCAACCCAGACGAUAUUAUCAGCUGCCUUAAAAAGUACCCUAAAGCCCUGGUUAAAUACCUGGAACACCUCGUGAUGGACAGGGGGCUGCAGAAAGAAGAAUACCACACCCACCUAGCCCUCCUCUACCUGGACGAGGUGCUGCAGCAGAGGGCGUCUGCCAACGACAAGGGGGCCGCAGCCACGGAGGCACAGGCCAAGCUGCGGCAGCUGCUCCAGAAAUCCGACUCGUACCGAGUCCACUUUCUGAUAGAGAGGAUCCAAGGCGCCGGCCUGCCCAUGGAGAGCGCCAUCCUGCACGGGAAGCUGGGCGAACACGAGAAGGCCCUGCACAUCCUGGUGCACGAGCUGAGGGACUUCGGCGCGGCCGAGGACUACUGCCUGUGGCGCUCGGAGGGCUGCGACGCCCCCUGCCGCCGGCGCCUCUUCCACACACUGCUCACCCUGUACCUGCACGCCGGGCCUUCUGCCAACGAGCUGGCCAUGGCCGCUGUGGACCUGCUCAACCGCCACGCCCUGGAGUUCGAUGCGGCGCAGGUGCUGCAGCAGCUGCCCGGCUCCUGGUCCGUGCAGCUGCUCUGCCCCUUCCUGACCGGGGCCAUGAGGGACAGCGUGCACGCCAGGAGGACCACACAAGUGGCCCUUGGCCUGGCCAGGUCAGAAAACUUGCUCUACACGUAUGAUAAGAUGAAGUUGAAAGGAGGCGCCAUUCGGCUCUCGGACAAAAAGCGCUGUCAGCUGUGCCAGAAUCCUUUCGGCGAGCCCGUGUUUGUGAGAUACCCAAACGGCGGGCUCGUGCAUGCCCACUGCGCUGCCAGCAGACACACAAGCCCCGGCUCCCCCAGCCCCGGCUCGCGGACUUGAGCGGCUCGGGCCCCCCAGACACCAGGGGGGCUCCGAGGUCCUUCUCGAGCCUGCCGGACGCGAAGGGCGGACAGCAGCCGCGCUGUGCUUCGGCCAGGACAGCGGGAAGACUUCCAUGUGUCCAGGAAACGUCAGUCCACGCGAGACAUGCACACUGCCGACCGCCGCCUGAAUGCACAUGGAAAACUCCCACAGAUACACAGAUGGGCCACAGGUUACCUGUCCGGCUACACAGUGACCCAGAGCAAAGGUCAAAAAAGGGAGUCUUCCUCAUGCAAUCCAGACACAAGCGGGGGACCCCGACAUCUGCAUUGGACAUGCACUGCACCUGCACCUGCGUGGGUGUGGAGAAGCAGCCCUUUCGCGCCAGGCUGCAGAGCCCUUGGGUGGGCCACCAUGCUUUCCCGCCACCUGGGCUCUCGGCCUUUGCCCCGAGAAACGGCUGACCCUAAGGAAAUGGGUCCGGGUCCUUCUUACUCCCUGUCUGGCUCCCAGCCCACCCCAAACCACCCCUUCCCAAAUUCUGCCUUGCUGACCCCAGCACUCAUUUUGGGGGUAAAUUCCCAUGCUUCUGCCUCCCUACCAGGUAACGAUCCAUUCAAUACCCAUAAAGCUCCAAGAGAGAAGCCGUGUCCCCUAUCCUGCGCAAGACGGCGCAAACCCAGAGCCCGCAGCUGCCACCUGUGCAGUGCAGGUACAGGGGCCCCUGGGCCGUGCGCCUGUGCUGAGGCCUCGCCCACCGACGGGAAGAUCCGCUGUGGGCAUGUGGGCGAGCGUUUUUAUUGGACUCCUGUGUUCCUCUUGUUUAGAAACCUACCAGUCCUAUUCGUUAGGAUCAAGUUUUCUUGUUAACUCAUACCUCCUCCUGAGCACCCGGCAAACUACAAGGGAAGCAGGGUGGACUAAUCCGAGCCUUCUCCUUUUUAACCUCCUGCUGUGCACCUGCCGGAGGCCCCGCCCCUCCUGGCAGGUGCUUCAGCCCCCUGCGAGGAGGCCGCCUCCCCUCCACGCACUUUGCGUGCCCUGCUCUGAGGCUUCCUGAAGACACCCAUAGCAGGGUGCAGCUUCAUUUUGUGUUUCUGUGCAGCAUCUGGGGCAGGCUGAAGCUGUGGCUCCUUCCCUGCCGCUUGUGGAUCCCUUCAUCGUGCUUGUAGACUCAAUUGGAGACCAUCCUUAAGGAUAGACGCAGCACCCCUCCGCCACCACCUUAGUGCUUGGAAAACUGCGCGUGAUGAGGGGACCCGGAAAUGCACCCUCUCUCCAAGUCAGCCCGAGCCUUAGAGAGCUUAUCUUCCACUCUUUAAAACAUGUCUCUUGUGCUAAUCAUGGUCAUUGUAUUUUUUUCCUUUUUCUGGUUCCGAGUGGGCCAAGAUGCAAAAACAUCCCUGCAUUAUUUGGAAAGAAUCAGCACCCUCCCCCGCCCCCACCCCCACCCCCGUAUUUCAGGCAUCUAAAGAACAAGUGAUGUAGAAAUUCUCCUUGUAGCUCAACUCUAUGCUGUAUCAAUUGGUCUGAGCUCAAAGUUGGAUCAUGAGUUUGACCCCCCGUGGCUAACUCUUAGGGAAUGGUCAUCUGAUUGUGUAGAGUUUGAUUUUAUGUUCUCCUAAGAACCAGUUACCAGGACAUGCAGCAUUGCACUUUGGAAAGCACAGUUUUGGUGUGCACAAGAUGGGUAAAACCUUGAAAAGGGCUCGCGUCCCCUCCUCCUUCGCUUAAGGACACUGCAUUCUUCCAUCAACAUUGACCCGUGUCUCACGAUGUGUUUGUCACCCUGCAGGAUAACAGGAAGCAAAGGUGAGCUGUUUUCCAGCUCCUGAAUCCGUUAACAAAGCAGAAUCCUAGGAAAAUGUGCAGAAUAGUACGUUCAAAACCAUGCCUCUCUCCAGCCUUCUGUCACUGUACAAGGCCCUUUAUCUCUACUAUAUUUAAGAGAAAAUACAGGGUUCUUUCUAAUAGGCCUGCUGUUUUGUGACUGUGCCGUUGAAUAGAGCAGUUAGAACCGUCACUCAGACUCCUCCCCUACCCCGUUAGGCUCAGUGUAAUCAUUCUAGUGUGAAAACAGCAUGAACGGAACGCGGUUCACGUCAGUGUUUCACGGGCAGCCCUCUUAGUUGUAUGAAGUGUUUGUCUGCUGUUGCUGAUCAUGUAUUCACACGGCAGCGUGAGCUUGGCGGCGUGCUCACGUCGGGAGUAUGGGAAGGGGCUGAGGGCCACACCUCCACCUGGAUGGCCAUUGCACAACGAGGGUGGCCCUUGUGCCCCGCCUGCUGUCCCGCAGAGAACUGUGUCCUUGCAACAUCUUUUCCUUCACCCCUGAUUGGGUCCCAGAUACACAAGAUGUACAAAUGUAAACUUGUUGAUUUUAUUAAAAUUCUUCUAAUUCUUUGUU